UGGAAGGAACGCGCCGCAAUCAACAGGGGCGGGAUGGAGGCGCGGGCGGCUGAAGAAGGGAGGCUGCGCCUGCGCGGGCAGUCAAAUCCAGGCGUGCGAGUGAAGCAGCGGGAGCUGGCGGGCAAGGGAGCCAGCCUGAAGGCAGGAUCAGCGGGAGAGGCUCCGAGGGCAGAACAGUUGCUUUUCCCUGGCCUGGGUCAGUGAGGAGCCCUGGGGACUCCGCCUGCUCCGGCGAGGUGCUCCCAUCGGCAUCCGAAGUGCGCCUCACAGGAAAGGACACCAGACUAGGUCCCUGCCCCUACCUUCCAGGUUUUCUACCAGAUGUUCCAUUGUAAUAAUGCUGGGUAGCCCAAAUCCGUUUCUGGAACCAUGAAAAUUUUGUUGGUUUUUGACUUUGACAAUACAAUCAUAGAUGACAAUAGUGACACCUGGGUUAUACAGUGUGCUCCAGAGAAAAAGCUUCCUAUUGAACUACAGGAUUCUUAUAAAAAAGGAUUUUGGACAGAAUUUAUGGGUAGAGUCUUUAAGUAUUUGGGAGAUGAAGGUGUAAGAGAAGACGAAAUGAAAAGAGCAAUGAUGUCAAUGCCUUUCACUCCAGGGAUGCUGGAACUUUUAAACUUUAUAAGAAAGAACAAGGAUAAAUUUGACUGCAUCAUUAUUUCAGAUUCAAAUUCUGUCUUCAUAGAGUGGGUUUUAGAAGCUACCAGUUUUCAUGAUGUGUUUGAUGAAGUAUUUACAAAUCCAGCAGCUUUUAAUAGCAGUGGUCAUCUCACUGUGGAAAAUUAUCAUGCUCAUUCUUGCAGUAGGUGCCCUCAAAAUCUUUGCAAAAAUGUAGUUUUGGUAGAAUUUGUAGGUAAACAGUUAAAACAAGGAGUGAAUUAUGCACAUAUUGUUUAUAUAGGUGAUGGCGGGAACGAUGUCUGCCCAGUAACCUUUUUAAAGAAGAAUGAUGUUGCCAUGCCACGGAAAGGAUAUACUUUACAGAAAACUCUUUCUAGGAUGUCUCAAAAUCUUGAGCCUAUGGAAUCUUCUGUUGUGUCUUGGUCUUCAGGCAUUGAAAUAAUUUCUCAUUUACAAUUUCUAAUAAAAGAGUAAUAUGCCAACA